GUUGCGUGAAACAUCCAAAGCAGAGCAAAACAGAGCUUCUUGCGCAGAACUGAAAGCCAAGAAAACAGAGACAUGGAGAGCGCGAGCAUGCCGUCCGGCGAUGAGCGUGGCGGCGGUGUGCACGUCCUGCUGGUGCCGCUGCCGGCGCAGGGCCACAUGAACCCGAUGAUCCAACUCGGCCGGCGCCUCGCUUACCACGGCCUGCACCCCACGCUCGUCGCCACGCGGUACGUGCUCUCCACGGGCCCGCCCCCCGGCGACCCCUUCCGCGUGGCCGCCUUCUCCGACGGCUUCGACGACGGUGGCAUGGCCUCCUGCCCGGACCCCGUCGAGUACUGCCGCAGGGCCGAGGCCGUGGGGUCCGAGACGCUGGCGCGGGUCAUCGCCGCCGAGGCGCGCGCCGGGAGGAUGCCGUCCGUGAUGGUCUACGACCCGCACAUGGCGUGGGCGCCGCCUGUGGCAAAGGCGGCCGGCGUGCCGACCGCGGCGUUCAUGUCGCAGUCGUGCGCCGUGGACCUGAUCUACGGUGAGGCGUGGGCGGGGCGCGCGCCGCUGCCCAUGGCCGACGGGAGGGCGCUGCGUCGCCUGGGCGCGGUGAGCGUGGACCUCGGGCCCGAGGACCUGUCGCCGUUCCUCGUGUCGCCAGAGCUGUACCCCAAGUACCUCGACGUGUCCAUCCGGCAGUUCGAGGGCCUCGAGGACGCCCUAAUUAUCCAUAAAUUUAGGCCUAAUUAUCCAUAG